GAAGCCCCCCGUGCGCGCGCGUGCCGUUCCUCCUCCUCGUUUCAUCAGCCGCCGCCGCCUUCUUCUUCUCGAAGCAUCUCGAUUCUCAACGGCGGCAGCGGCGGCGGCGGGCGCGAGCUGGUCGAGCAGCAGGUAGGCCGUGGCGUCGGGCAUGGUGCCGCCGCACCUCCCGGCUCCUUGCGCUGCCUUCUCCUCGCGUCCGAGCUCGUGGCGGGGUCGCGGGACCCCGACAGCUGCGACGCCGACGGCGUCCGCGCCAAGUUCGAGGGCGAGAAGCUCAUCAUCACGCUCCCCAUCGUCGCCGCGGCCCCGACGCCGUCUCCUACGGAGCCCGAGACGCCGCCGUCUCCUUUGCCACAUGGGACGCCAGCUGCUGUUCCCGGGCAAAUGAAACCUCCCUUGCAGGAGAGAGCAAUCGCUGUGUCACCCUCUUCUCCGGCACCUCUGCCUCCUCGUCACGCAGAGGAAGCGCGGAAGAAGCAACUGCAAGAUGCUACUUCUCCGGCAGCCCUGCCUCCUCGUCUGUCUACCGGAGGAGAAGAAGAAGAGCAAGAAACAGAAGGGUGAAGGGGACGGAGGAGACGGGUAGUCCGUCGGGGAAGCAAAUGAAAAAAAAAAUGGUGGGGCCCAUAGUUGGCAGUUCAAAUAGAGGCCACCAAAUUAGAGGGUGGGGAGAGAAAUUUAGAAGACCUACCAAAAUGACAGCCCAUUUGGAAAGUCUGUUGGAGAUCAAUUUUUUGCACCCAUCGAGUAAAUAUGGAGAUCGCAGCCCAUUUAGACACCCCACUGGAGUUGCUCUUAUAGUCAGUUUGGUUGGCUUCCAAUUUUUACCUAACCAAAAUGUAUUCAUGCCUAUAAAGUUUGGCUUAUCGAUGGGUUCAUGUCUAAAAAUUAGCACUUCAAUAUUUAUGGCCAAAACCAUGACAAUUUACUAAAAACUUCUUGAACCUUUUUAAGGGAAAAUAAAUUUGCUGCCAUAUUUUGAUA